AUGUUCUGUAGGCCGGAAAGCCAACAUGACAGAGGGCUGGCUAAUGAUCUUGGUGUCCGGUGGAAGCUUCUAGAAGAACGCGGAACACCUCCUCAAGCUCAAAGAAAUGAUACCAUCAACAUCAUUUUGCGCGUCGUGGAGUCGAGCCCGUGCCCUCUCGGCGAAGACACGGUGAGCUUCGAGAAGGUCGUGGGCCUGAAACCGAGCACCAGCCGCAUGUCCCCCAUGUUUGCGCACAGAGAGGGAUUCGGCGCUGGAGGUCUGACCAGCGACUGCCUCCGUCGGUGCCAAGCAACGCCCCACUGCAUCGGAGUCAUGGUCAACUACGAACAUAACGCCUGCUUCGCGGCGUCGGCCGUUGGUACCAUCGCACCCCUGGGACCUUUGGGCCCCAUACACAGAGAAGAACCGUUGGUUCAAGCGUCGGAUCGUUCGAGCUACUUCGCCAAGAUGUGUAUGCAUGGUCCAGCAUGUGAAAGGGACUGGCUCAUGGAACGUGUUCCCGGCAAAGAACUGCGAGGCUUCGAUGACCGCAUUGUGUCUGGUGUUCCCAGUCGCCACCGGUGUCAAGAGCUGUGUCUUCACGAACGUUCUUUUCCCUGUCGUUCCGGAGAGUUCGACCCUCGCAGUCGGCAGUGCCGGCUUAGCACACAGGACAGGAGGACACAGCCCGACGCUUUCAAGCCGGCCAGAGUCGCUGCUGUGGAGUACUUCGAAAACUUGUGCGUACCAGCUACCCCGGAGACCUGUGACUACGAACUACGGCGAGAUGUAGACCUCUUCAGGGCCGACACAGUGAGGACGGCCUUCAACAGUGACCAGUGCAGGGCACUGUGCGACGCCUCUCGGGAAUUUGCCUGCAGAAGCUUUACAUUUUCCGAAGCCAACGGUCUUUGCUUCUUGUCCGGGGACGACACCGUGUCCCUCGGAGGCUUCGCACUUAAGAUGAGGCCCGGAGUUGGCUUCUACCAGAGGGGGCACUGUGUCGACCCGGUACAGCUGUCCUGCACUCGAGAAGCUAUGGUUCUUACCAUGAACACUGUAGAUCCCUUCCGUGGUAGAGUCUACGCACGGGCCGACUCGCCACCUUGCGAAGUCGUCGGCAGCGGCUCCAAGUCCACGACUCUUACGUUAGGUCUACUCGACCGCAAAUGCGGCAUCACGGAAGAUGAAGGCGGUCGGUUCACAACAACGGUUGUGAUCCAGCAUCAUCCAAUGAUACAGCAGAAAGGAGAUCGGAUCAUCAAGCUCUUCUGUCUGUUCAACACCGGUAAUAAGACGGUGACCAACACGUACAAGGUCCUUGUCGGUCAGUCCCCGAGCCGUCGGCCUGGCGUCGUCAAUGCCACGGCGCCCUCUCCCAACAUCCGCAUGAGGAUCACAGAUCGCGCCGGGGCCGACAUCACCGGUGCAAAGCUGGGGGACGAACUCUUUCUCCGCAUUGAGAUUGACGAUGACAGCGUGUUCGGCAUCUUCGCACGGAACCUCAUCGCGACCAGCGGGCAAAAUGAUGACUCCAUCGUUCUGAUCAACAGCGCCGGAUGUCCGACAGACAACACGAUCUUUCCAGCCCUCCAGAGAACGGAAGGCAACAAAGGCCUGCAUAGCAGAUUCGAGGCGUUCAAGUUUGCCGACGACGUAGUCGUUCGCUUCCAGGUGACAGUUCAAUUCUGUCUGCACGAAUGUGCGCCUGCAUCGUGCGACAAUGGCGGGACGAAGUCCUUCGGAAGAAGAAGAAGGAGGAGGCGCGAAGUUGGGCCACGUUCUACGACCGCAGCGCCAACUGCGGCUACGAUGCUUCCCGAGUACCCGCUUCAAAGAGAAAUCAUCGUAGAGGGGAUCGGAGGAAACAGAAUGACAGAUGGCGGAACGGCUACGACUAGAAAUCGGCCGACAUCAGACGCGCACAUGGUGUGCGCCACGCCCACGGUGGUCACCGCAGCAGUGAUUGCAGCGUUCCUCAUCCAACUCGCCGCCAUCGCAGCCUGUGUCUCCUGCAUCGCCCUCAUACGCAGGUCGUGGGAGAAACAAGACAUGGAAGUUCCCGUUCGAGCAGCACGCUCAACCGUGUCUGCGUGUAGUUCCUGGAACAGGACACUGAACCGCGUUUGAGUGCGCGUGGACUCAUUGCGACGUGACAUGUUGUCUGCAGCCUUAGGCCUAAGGGAUAAGACAUGUCCCUGGAGAGCACGCUGCAAGGACUCUUGGCAAUCUUUGUGCAACCGCGUGAUGUGAAGUGACUACGAAGGGCGUAGGGGUUGUAUUGGCUGCUCCUUUUCUGUUCGGCACGAGUAGUUGAAAGGAAACCUCGAUAAACACCAACUAUGUGAUGUCGUCUGCCCGGUCGGUACACAUCGUCCGCGUCGUUUACAUAAAUGAACAAAAAAUAACCACAUCGUCUGUUUCGUUUGAGUACGACG